AUGCCGGAGAAUAUCAUGGUCAAGUCUGGAAAGAAGCGCGACUCUCGCUCAAUGCAGUCGCGCGCAGAAGACGAUGGCCAGCUGGUACGACUGACUAAGGCUGUAGUGGAGGAAUGCUGCGAUCUGGGGCGGGACCUCGAGGAGACGUCGCCGUUGGGUACCUAUCGCAUUAAUCUUGGUGCAUUAUUCAGACAUGUUCAACGGACCACAACCGGCCAGCGUCUAUGGCUCGGGCGUCUGCCGACUGGAUAUAACGGCCCACAAUUGGGUAAAGAUUUGCGCAGUCAAUUCAUGGGUAUCGGUCCGUCGCACAUAAAACCCGGGCAUCUGAUAUACAUAUUGGCCGGAGGCACUCACCCAGUAGCCCUAAAACCUCACCAGUCGAGCGGGCCACCGGACCCACAAACAUUCGGCUUUCUUGGGGAAGUCUAUGUCGCAAAUGAUGUCGCCACCAUGAAACGCGAUCCGGAGGAAAACUUCAACUCAAGGGCGAUGGGUGGCCUAGUCGCACAGUCGGUCGAGGAUCCUGGGCCGAGUACAAAUUACUACCCGGUCGCUGUAGGUGACCAGGUGUGGCGCUGGAUCGAUAUCGCCUAG